AUGGCGCAACUUCAGCGCAUGAAUGCUCGCCUUGACACUCUCACUAAUGAGUUGUGUCAAGUGAACACCCGUGUCAGUCGUAUUGCUAGAUGGUUCACAAUGCCUGAAAUUGAUAUAAUCAUAUACUACGGUGGUCCGUUGAAGAAUGCCAAUGCGAACAAGGGAUUGCCAUUUGAAGGGCCGGGUAUAAAGACCUAUUAUACCCAAAUUGAUCGUAGGUUGAAGACCCUUGACAAAUUGAAGAUGAUGGUUAUGGAAGAGUUGUGUGAGAACCCUGCUAUGCACAACAUACACAUUACUUAUCGCAUGCCAAAUGAAAUCCUGAAGCACCGGAUUAAUUACAAGUAUAUGGCGAUAGAAGCAGACAAACAUGUGAAGAUCAUGUUUGAUAAGUUAGAGAGAAUACCUGAAGUAAUUAACAUUGAGUUGUACAUACAGUUGGAGCCACGUGCAGGAGUUGGUAUUGAGGAAAUCCAACAAACACAAACAAGUUUACAAGUUACAGUUCCAGAUGCUCAAUAUGAAGAUGAGAUUGAAGACAGGAUUGAACAAGGGGACUUUAGGGACUUUGAGAGGGACAUUGAUGACGAUGAGACAUUGGAUGGUAGUAAACCUGAUGCAUACAAUGUUCUUAGUGUCCAAAACAUUACAAACACAAUCCCUAUGUACUCACCACCUGCCUUGUCAUUUUCAAAAAAUACUUGGGAAAAUAUGGUUGAUCCUUCACAUAUUGAGACACCAUUUGUGUCUAGUUGGAGAGAGGGGAUGAAUUUGUGCAAAGGCUUGACUUUUGCCAAUAAAAUGGAGGUGCAACGCGUAUUAACAAAGUGUGCCCUCAAGGAAAACAAAUAUUUUAUGAUCAGUAGGUCAACCACGACAAAACUUUGUGCGAAAUGCGUGGAUGAGUCAUGCACGUGGUAUGUCUGCGUAGUCAUGAAGCCCAAGUUCCACAAUCUAUGGAUGGUCACCGUGUACAAGGGUCCUCACACGUGUAUACGGACUAGGGUGCGAAAUGAUAGUAGAAUGAUGAGUUGUAAAUUUAUUGCAGAUGACAUCCUUAAGAAGUUAUAUAAGGAUCACACUACCCCAAUUAAGCAUCUCAGAUCUAUGAUAGAGUCGAAAUAUGAGGGAAAAAAGCCUUCUUACUACAAGAUAUGGGAUGCGAAACAAAAGGCCAUUGGGAAGAUGUUUGGGAAUUGGGAAGAGUCUUACCAAAGGUUGCAAAAGUUGCUAAUGGCAUAUAUUGAUCAAGAUCCGACUACCCAGGUGUUCUAUCGUACCACAUCCACCGGUGAAGAUGACACAGUAUUUUUGAAUUAUGUGUUUUGGUCUUUCGGUCCAAGCAUUGAUGGAUUCAAAUAUUGCAAGCCGGUUAUCAGCAUUGAUGGGACCCAUCUGUAUGGUAAAUAUCAGGGAAAGUUGUUGGUUGCAAUGGCAACCGACGCUAACAACAAGAUAUUCCCUCUUGCCUUUGCUAUUGUGGAUUCUGAGUCAGGGUCUAGUUGGAGGUGGUUUUUACAAUGCCUCAGAGAUGCGAUUGGCCGCGUGAUACCUAACGAAGGCAUUUGCAUAAUUUCUGACCGACAUCUCAGUAUCAAAAACACCAUUGCAAACUAUCCUAGAAGGGAUGAUGGAAGACCACUGGUAUUUCAUAGAUACUGCCUUCGACAUGUUGCUAGCAACUUUAACACACAUUUUCAGAACUCGACUCUAAAGUCAGCGGCGUUAAAAGCCGGAUAUGCUAGUCAGGCAGUGAAAUUUUAUACCAUAAUGGAGACCAUUAAGCAGGCGGAAAUUGAGGCCAUUAGAAAUAAGAAGAAGUUGACGGGGAAGGAUUGCAAGGAAAAGAAUUAA